AUGACAGUGGACGAAAAUCAAUUGUUAUCGGUUGAUAUUCAUCUUUCAAAACUAGUGGACUGGCUUAUUGAUCGUCGACAUUGUCCAAAAGAUUGGUCUGAACGUGCAUUAGCCAUUCGAUCAAAAAUACAACGUUCAAUUCAAGAUAUGCCUGAGAAUGAUGAAAUUAAACGUCUGUUAGAAUCAUCAUGUCUCGAUUAUUUUUGUUGUGUAAAAAUUAUGGAAAUUUUAAAAGAAACUGAAAAAGAUUCACGAAACAUGUUUGGAAUGUAUUCAUCACAACGAAUGAAAGACUGGAAAACAAUUGUAUCUACUUAUGAGAAAAAUUCUGUGUAUCUCGCUGAAUGUUCUCAAAUUCUUCAACGAAAUGUGGCUUAUGAAAUUCCAGCAUUAAAAAAACAAAUAACAAAAGUACAACAGACACGUGAUGAAUGUCAUUUAAGACAUGUUGAACUUGAAAAAAAUAUUCACGAAAUUGAAAAACAAUAUAUACAAUUAUGUACAGAAAUGUCGAUCAAAGGUGAAAGUGUCGAAGCAGAACUGAAUGAACGUAUUGAAUAUUUACCAAUAUUAUGUAAUGAGUUAGUUACAGAAAAAUUGAAUUUAUUAAAACAAGUUUUAAACUUUUAUGAAGAAUUUGUUGUAUAUUUUCAUCAAAGAAAGGAUAGUGAUUUAUUAUCCAUAUUAAAAUAUCUCGUGUAUAAUGGAAAUUUAACAGUUUAUGAAUGGCGUACCGGUCAUGCUCCAACAACUAUUGAACGUCCAAUUCAAAAUUAUAAAACUAUAAACGCUAAAAAUGAAAAUGAAGAUGAGACGAAUCAAAUUAUUGGUCUUGAUGAUGAUAAUAAUUUAACAAUAGAAAGUAUUGAAAUAGAACAAGAAAAAAGUCCUAUUAAAAUUGUCGAAGAUAGCAUUGAUCUUGAUACAGAUAACGGUAUUGACUGGUCGGCAAUCGAUACUGUGCCUGAAUUAUUGGAUCCAUCUGUCGAUCGAAAUAUUCCCACAACACAAUCAAUUACAGAUGCGAUUAAUGAGGCUGUCAUCAUUGAACAACAAAAUGAACGAGAUGGUGGCAUAGCUCGUGGCAAUGAUGCAUUAACAUUACUAGAAAAUCGUUCUACUUAUAUAUUAUUUAUGAAUAAUUUAAACAGAUUGCAAUCGUUUUUAAGACAAUGUUUAUCUGAAUGCAAUAUAAAUGGAACAAUUUUGAUGACAUUUAUCAUGCAAAAUGCACCAUUUUCAAUACAAAAUAAGACAGAAAAUGAUCUAAAAACCUAUUUAUUAGCUAUCGAUUCGAUUUAUUCUCAAAUUUUGACAAAACAAUUUGAACGUUUAUUUUUAAUGCGUGAUUCAUCAAAAUAUCGUGAACGUCUGUUACAAAAAUUUCAACAAAAAACAACGACUAUUGAACGAAAUCGUUACUUACAACGAGAAUACGAUGAAAAAACACAAAGAUGCAACAAAGAUGAAAUAGAAUUAAAACAAAAAUUAAAUUUAUUAAUUCAUUAUACAAAACACUUGAAAGAACAGUUAAGUGAUGGAGAGUUUGAAUUGAUUUUGGGAUUAAAGGUCGCACCAUCUUUUAUACUUUCCUAG